GCUCCUCUAUCUAGAACCAGACCUUUGUCAGGGACAGGGCAGGGCAAGUGGGGAGGGGAAUGGGCUGCCCGAGGGAGUCGUGUCUUUAAGGAAGGCCCCAUCGGACGGAGCCAGGGACCAGGAUCCUUUCUGCUGCCUCAGAGGAAUUUGUGUAGAGUGAGGAGGGGCGCGCUCCUAGUGGACGCAAUGUGUAUUCAUGCUCGCAAACAUUUCUGGGCUCAACAAGACAAGUUAACGGUACAACCGCCGCGCCUAGACUAGCCCUUGGUACCGGGAAAGUUUGAUGCAGGAACGUCCCAGUGGCGGGGCAGGGUGUCCUCGUGGGAGAACAGAGUCCAUGGGGAAAGAGAGACUCGCUUUCCCGUGUGACACAGCUAUCAAGUGGCAGAACCAGGACCGGACCUCGUCUUGCUUACUAAGGCCUUCUAUCCACCGUCCUCACUGAAAUGAGUGUGAAUAAUGAUAUAAACAUACCCAUCAAUAUGAUGAACUCCCCAACCUUCCAAGUUGUCCCCCUUCUGCAUCAACCACCUUGCACUGUUUUGGGAAUCAGAAAUGAGGAAUCAGACAGUGGAGUCCAGUGUCCCUGGGUCUGCACAGCACAGUUCAGCACAAGGAAGAAAGGUCCUGUGUCCUACACUAUGCCUGAAUAUCUGACUGGACACUCAUCUGAGCCUGGAACUUGUGUCCGCUUAAAGCACAGAAUGGCGUUUAAUGAUUGCUUUAGUUUGAACUAUCCUGGCAACCCUCAGCCAGGUGACUUGAUUGAAGUGUUUCGUCCUGGCUAUCAACACUGGGCACUGUACUUGGGUGACGGAUAUGUUAUCAACAUAGCACCUCUAGAUGAUGGCAUUUCUGCAUCGUUUACAAGUGCCAAGUCUGUAUUCAGCAGAAAGGCCUUGGUGAAGAUGCAGCUUUUGAAGGAUGUUGUGGGAAAUGACACAUACAGAAUAAACAAUAAAUACGAUGAAACAUACCCACCACUCCCUGUGGAAGAAGUCAUGCAACGGUCAGAGUUUGUUGCUGGACAGGAGGUGGAGUAUGACUUAUUUGUCAACAACUGUGAGCAUUUUGUGACUUUGCUCCGCUAUGGAGAAGGAGUUUCAGAGCAGGCCAACCGAGCAAUAAGUACCAUUGGGUUUGUGACAGCUGCUGCUGGUGCCUUCUCUUUCCUUGGCUUGUUUCCAAAAAGACUAAGACCAAAAUACUAUUAAUUUACUGAAGAGAUUGGAGCUGAAGGAAUUUGUGAGGAGGAAUAAAAAACCUGGGAUGAAUACUUAUUUGCAAUGUAUCAUUAUUGUUCCAAAUUCCAAUGAUGGAUGGCAGGCUCUUUAAUAAAUUGCUUACUGGUAUUAUCUCA